GAAAUAAAAGCAAAGUGGUACUUUGAAAAGGAAAUAAUGUUUUAACGUAGUGUUAUAAAUAAAUAGUCAAAAUGAAGAAAAGAAAAAAACAAAGCCGUGUUCGAGUCAGAUUUAAUAUAAAUACGAUGAUAAUGAACCGAGGGUCCAGGGAGGAGCUCUUGGGGAGUUCCCAGGAGGCGCUGAGGAAUAGCCAACAUGACCUGAGGAACGCCUAUGAGAGACCACUCACUAGGGAGGAGAAGACUUACCUUCUACAUGCUGAUAGGGGGGACUAUGCUACUGUUAAGAGAUUAAUAGACCAAUACGCCUCGAACUCUGAUGUUUUGGACAUAAACUGUGUGGAUCCCCUGAACAGAUCAGCUCUCAUCGCGGCCAUUGAGAAUGAAAACAUUGAGCUGAUCAAGCUGCUGCUUGGAGCUGGUAUCCUGGUCAAGGAUGCCCUUCUGCACGCUAUCAAAGAAGAAUAUGUGGAGGCUGUGGAACUGCUUCUUCAAUGGGAAGAAGAACAUCACAUUCCAGGAGAACCUUACAGUUGGGAGUCAGUUGAUCCGUCAUCAGCGACCUUCACACCAGACAUCACGCCCCUCAUAUUGGCGGCUCACAGGAACCACUACGAGAUACUGAAGAUCCUGCUUGACAGAGGUGCCACUUUGCCUGUGCCACACGACGUCAAGUGCGGUUGCGACGAAUGCGUCCAGUCUUCCCAAGAGGAUUCCCUGAGGCACUCCCAAGCACGCAUCAACGCGUACAGGGCAUUGACCUCGCCUUCCCUCAUCGCCCUCUCAUCGGCAGACCCUCUCCUGACCGCCUUCCAACUCUCCUGGGAGCUGGGGAGGCUGAGUCGCAUGGAGACGGAAUUCCGGGUGGAGUAUAAGGCUCUUCGACAGCAGUGCCAAGAGUUCGCCACCUCCCUGCUGGACCACACCCGGACUUCUAAGGAGUUGGAGAUUAUGCUGAACUACAACCCCUGGGACUUGGACACGUGGGAGCCCGGGGAACGACAGACCCUGGGCAGACUGAAGCUGGCAAUAAAAUAUAAGCAGAAAAUGUUUGUAGCACAUCCAAACGUGCAACAACUUUUGGGAGCGAUCUGGUAUGAAGGACUACCCGGGUUUAAGAGGAAAAACAUUGUUGGACAAUGUAUACAGGUAGCAAAACUGGGAGUGAUGUUCCCGGUCUACUGCACCAUCUACAUGCUGGCUCCAAAUUCGGAAUACGGGAGGUUUAUGAAGAAGCCUUUCGUCAAGUUCAUCUGCCACAGUUCCUCCUAUAUGUUGUUUCUCACUCUCCUGUCCUUGGCAUCUCAACGAGCGGAAUAUCUAGUCCUGGAAUGGUCCGGGAUCCGCUGGUUACAACAACUGGUAGAAUUCUGGAAAGAGCACGAACGCGGAUCAUUACCAGGCCUCAUAGAAUUCACAGUCGUCAUCUUCAUAGCAAGUUUAAUAUGGGCUGAAAUCCGGUCACUUUGGACAGGCGGUAUCACAGAAUAUAUUAGUGAUCUUUGGAAUAUUGUGGACUUCAUCACUAACAUGUUCUACAUUGCUUGGAUCAGCCUAAGGGUCUCCUCCUGGUACAUAGUUCAACGUGACUUCAAAAACGGGUUAGACCCCUGGUACCCUCGUGAAAGAUGGGACUCCUAUGACCCCAUGCUGCUUUCCGAAGGUGCUUUUGCUGCGGGCAUGAUCUUCUCCUUCCUAAAACUGGUGCAUAUCUUCUCCAUCAACCCUUAUUUGGGACCUCUUCAGGUGUCACUUGGAAGAAUGAUCUUGGACAUUAUCAAAUUCUUCUUCGUUUAUAUGCUGGUGCUAUUUGCUUUUGGAUGUGGUUUAAACCAACUGAUGUGGUAUUACGCCGAGCUAGAGAAAAACAAAUGCUAUCACACUGCCAAUGGUUUACCGGACUUUGAUAACCAAGAACGCGCUUGUACGAUAUGGAGAAGAUAUGCCAAUUUAUUCGAAACAUCCCAAUCGCUCUUCUGGGCGUCUUUCGGCCUGGUGGAUCUUACCACAUUUGAGCUCACCGGCAUCAAGAGCUUCACCAGAUUCUGGGCUCUCCUCACCUUCGGCUCCUACUCGGUGAUCAACAUCAUCGUCUUGUUGAAUAUGCUGAUUGCUAUGAUGUCCAAUUCAUAUCAGAUCAUUUCGGAAAGAGCUGAUAUCGAAUGGAAAUUCGCCCGCAGCAACCUCUGGAUGUCAUAUUUCGAAGAUGGCGACACUGUGCCACCACCGUUCAACAUCAUCCCUACUCCUAAACAUAUAGUGUGCUGGAUCAAACACUGCUUCGGUAGAAGAGAAAGAGGAUCCAUCAUAAACAAAAGCCGUGAGAAAGCGAGGCAGCAACACGAAGCUGUAAUGAGGGUGUUAGUGAGGCGAUACGUAACAGCCGAGCAAAGGGCCCGGGACGAGGUGGGAGUGACGGAGGAUGAUGUAAUGGAGAUAAGACAAGAUAUAUCUACACUCCGUUUUGAACUUAUUGAUAUAUUGCAUAAUAAUGGCAUGAAAACUCCAAGACUCAACAUGCAGGAGUCUACAGUGUCAGGCAAAAAAGGAAAGGUAAUGGAAAGGAGAAUACUAAAAGACUUCCAGAUAGGUAUAGUGGAAGGCAUAAUAAAAGAUGUCAUAUCUCGAGAGAGCAAACCUAAAGAUGUCUUCAGUCAAAUUGCCAAAGCUAUUGUGAGGAGAGGAAGUACUGACAGCAAAAAACGCGACUGGAACGCCCUUGUACGGACUAAUACCAUCCGACGGGAUCCUAUCGGCACCACGGACGCCCAGAAACGAAGCAGGCAGUCCCUCAGAGCUCACAUCCUGGAGAAUGUGUCUGCCAGGACCAUUGACCCCCAGAAACUUCUCGAAUUCAAUCCUAAACUCUCGGGUGUCACUCCAACAACUAGAGUUGCUUACGCCAAAUUUAUGAGGAGCAAGAUUAAGUCUGACUUCACAGCUCGAGAGAUCAGAGGGGGCAGCUCUAUAGGCGACCUGAGUUUGGAAGACGAGGUCUUUGAAACCCCAAAAAGAGAGUUGAGGAGAAGUCGUCGAUCAUUCCGUAGCAGAACGCCUAUACCUGAGAAUUCAGAUGAUGAAACACUGAAUGACCAUGAACUACAAGUGGAAGCCGAAAUAGAAGAUAGAGGGUCCGAAGGAGGAUGCUCAGAACAGACUAGGCCAUUGAAAUCAUCAUCUCAAGAACCUUCUGAACCAAGCACCCCAGCUUUCGACCCUAUAAGCGACAGACGGUUCACUCCACCAUCUCAAUUCGGUUCAAAAGAUCAUAUCAUCCAAAUAGACGAACCGGAAUCCCCAACAAAAACUUUAUGCAUGACAAAAGAAGAAGAUUCCACUUUACAAAAACCUAUAACUCCAAGCCCCAGUAUUCGUUCGGAGCAAAUUUUAUCUGCAUCUGGUCUAGAGGAACAGUACAAGAACAUGACAAUACCUUUACCAGAAACAAAGCUUAGUCUGACCCCAGAGCCGGAAAUAUCCACAUCUGAAUCAAGAUCAGCAUCAGCUUUAGGAACUAGACCUCUUGCGCAAUCUGUAUCACCAGCACUUGAAUCUAGAGCAACUUUAGAACCUAGACCUGCAUCUAGGUCUUCUAUAAGUAGUCCAAGAUCAGCCCGAGUAAGUCCAUCGCCUUCUCCAACUCCUUCUACAACUGAAAGAGGAAAAUCCAAGGUGACAGGUAAAAUGGUUUCUGGUUGGCUAUAAAGUAUACCAAAAUGUAUUACCAAAGAUGAUUCAAGUACUAUGUAGCUCAACUUCUUAUAGUAGUGUGGGUCAAGUAGAAACUGUUAGCUACAACUAAUAUUAUAUCUAUAGCUACAACCUAAUGGGCAUGGCCUUGGAAAUUUCGCAUUUAUCUUUUUAAUUAUUAAGAAAAAAUCGUAAUAUUUGAUAAAGUGUGUUGGAUACCAAAA